UUUCUUCAUUCAGUGCCAAAAGUCAGUGAAUAAUUAGUAAAAGUUUAAUUAAAGAAUCUCAGGUUUAAAUAGAAAUCUAAAAUAUCUAAAUUAAAUAUCGCUGCUUCAAUUCUUUUAUGCUGUAUCAAAGUUGAAUAUUUCCUUCUUGUUCAUAAAGCAUUCUAUAAGAAUUGUUGUCAAAGAUACCAUGUAAUGCCUCUUAAUUUAUAUGUAAUUGGUAAAUAAAAAAUAUUCAACGUGGUGUUUAGUGUAUUUAUAUAAAAUAUCCAAAACCCCAUUUUUUCUUUCUUUAGAAAAAUGACCACCCUGAAAUUUUACAAUAGGUAAUACUUAUAGUAUGUUACACAAUGUCUGUUUCACAUGGGGAGAUAAGACUGGCUGGGAUUGGCAAUGGGCCAUAUAUAACUAGAACUUUGGACUGGCUAAAACAAAUCUGCUGUUACAAAAGCAUAUUGCGAUAGCAGCAAUUAACUUCCAGAGAUGGUGGUGUAACAUUGUGUCUCCCAAAAGCACUGGGUAAUCUGUUCACUGGAAGAGACUCAGCCUUUUACCCAAAGAACACAAUCAGAAACUAUGACCCAUUAAUGGUUUGUUUGUUUUGUGUGUGUGAGUGUAAGAGAGAGAGAGAGAGAGAUUGAGAGAGAGAGAUCCCACUGUGCUUUAUUGUGGGGUCAAUGGGGUAUAUGUUUGGUGCAAAGUCCCAUUUAAAAAGUCGCAACCAUCCUAUCUUUAUACACGUCUCCCUCAUUCUGUCCAUUCUAAAGAACCUGAUAUAGAGUGCAGUUUUAUUGCUCACUUACAAGCUACCAUGAGUGUGGAAAAGAAAGAUCCACCCCAACCAUGCUGCUCCAAACUAAAGAUGUUUCUGGUCUCCUUGUCCUUUGUCUACUUUGCCAAAGCAUUUCAGGGCAGUUACAUGAAAAGCUCAGUCACUCAGAUUGAGAGACGUUUUGACAUUCCGAGCUCCCAAAUUGGAUUCAUUGAUGUCAGCUUUGAAAUUGGCAACCUGUUAGUUAUUGCAUUUGUAAGUUAUUUUGGAGCAAAACUUCACAGACCCAGACUGAUUGGAAUGGGAUGUCUGAUCAUGGCUAUUGGCUCCUUCAUCACUGCCAUGCCUCACUUUUUCCAGGGACUGUACAAGUAUGAGACGACAAUCAGUCAUAUCUUCAAUGAUACGGAAUCAAUUACCCCAUGUCUAGCAAAUGAGAGCCAUUUACAAGAUGACAUAUCUGCUGUGAGUCAAACAGAGUGUGAAAAAGCAUCAGGAUCCUCUUUAUGGGUAUAUGUUUUUUUGGGUAACUUGCUACGAGGGAUCGGGGAGACUCCAGUGAUGCCUCUUGGACUGUCUUACAUGGAUGACUUUGCUAGACAAGAAAACACAGCUUUCUACAUUGCAUGUAUACAGAGCUUUGGUAUCAUGGGCCCUAUGGUUGGCUUUAUGCUGGGCUCAUUUUGUGCCAAACUCUAUGUGGAUGUUGGAGCUGUGGACUUAGACAGCAUCGCGAUUAACUACAAAGACUCUCGCUGGGUGGGAGCCUGGUGGCUUGGCUUUCUGGUCACUGGUGCUGUAAUGUUACUGGCUGGAAUCCCAUUCUGGUUCCUACCGAGGUCAUUGCCUAAGCAAGGAGAGGAUGAUGAGAGGAUGAAAAGCCAAGUUGGCAGUCAUGAGCAAGAAUCAUUUAUUCCUAUAGAGAAGAAAAAACCACCACCAUCUGAGAAAGUUGAAGCAGUCAAUGUGGUUGCCAUGGCCAAAGAUUUCCUGCCAUCAUUAAGGAGGCUUUUCAGGAAUUCAGUUUAUGUGCUUAUCAUCUGCACCGGUUUGGUCCAGGUUAACAGCUUUAUUGGAAUGAUCACAUUUAAGCCCAAAUAUUUGGAGCAGAUUUUUGGCCAAUCUCCAUCCAGGGGUAUCUUUCUGAUAGGCAUUCUGAAUGUACCUGCAGUGGCCUUGGGAAUCAUCUCAGGAGGCAUUGUGAUGAAAAAAUUCCAACUGAGCGUGAUUGGCGCAGCCAAGAUGUCUUUUUCCGCUACUUUUCUUGCUUUUGUUCUCAUGUUGAGCCAGUAUUUCCUGCACUGUGGAAACAGAGAAGUGGCAGGUCUCACUGUGACCUAUCAGGGUCUUCCAGAAAUUUCCUCUGGGCAUCAGAGUUUGUUGUCCCAGUGUAACUCAGAGUGCUCCUGCUCUUUAAAACACUGGGACCCAGUAUGUGCUGACAAUGGGAUGACAUAUUCCACACCUUGCCUUGCAGGCUGCCAGAGCUCCACUGGAUUUGGCAAGGAGAUGGUUUUUCACAACUGCUCAUGUGUUGUCGAGGCACCAAAAGCUAGUAUGAACAUGUCUGCAGUGUUGGGUCAGUGUCCAAACAAAGACAACUGUGACUACAUGUUUAAGAUUUAUAUGGCAAUGACUGUAUUGGGGGCCUUUAUCUCAGCCAGUGGAGCCAGUCCUGCAUACAUUAUUCUGCUCAGGUCUAUCCAGCCAGACCUAAAGUCUUUGGCUCUUGGAAUGCAGACAUUAAUAGUCAGGACUCUGGGUGGAAUCCCUUCUCCUAUAUAUUUUGGAGCUUUGAUUGAUAGGACUUGUCUCAAGUGGGGAACAAAGCAAUGUGGAGGACAAGGCGCGUGUCGAAUUUAUAAUGCUGAUGCUUUUAGAGUGACGUUCUUGGGCCUCAUGUAUGGCCUGUCCUCUCUGGCUAUUCUACUGUGGGUGCUACUAUACAACAGAAUUUCACACCAACAGCGGCAGCUGGCAUUGCAAAACCAGACCAAAGCCACAGAGCCAGACGCCAACAACACAGCUACUGAUAAUGCCCCUUCUGCAUUAGUAAAGUGCAUGAAAGAGCUGGAUCGAGAGACCAGUAUCUAAAUUUUAUGUGACAAAAACAGACAGAUUCUAUAAGCUCAGCUCAUGCUAAUUCAAUUAUGGAAACCUUGUACAGUGUACAGAUUGCGAUGUGAACUGUUCUGUGCUAGGAAUCCUCUUACAAUAUUGUAUGUGGCGCUUAGCCCAUUUGUUACAGCAGACUUGAAUGCACCAUUACUUAAAUUUUUUUACACACUUUUUUCUUUACAUUUACAGAAAUUAGAAUGUCACAUUACCUCAUCAGUGGAUCAAUCAGUAUUCGUAUGUGAAAUAUUCAGUGACAGCUUGUCAUUUCUUUUCCCAUUGUAUUUGAAUUGUUUUAUCGAUUAACCCAGUUGGGUUCAUGUGAAAUAGUUUUAGACACUGCUUUUGACAUUGGUUGUUAUGUUCCUUUGUAUGAUUUACAAAAAACUGCUAUUAAACCACCAAAGAAUGAUUUAGAGUCACUAAUGUUACCAAAUAUUUAGCCACCCUGUAGUUUAAUAAUGUUCCUUGACAAUGAUCUAGCUAGCCUUUGUUGUUUGAAUUUAAUGCUACAUUAGUGCUAUAUAAGUACAGUUGUCAAGUGGCAAUUUUAGUGGUUGACCUGCAAUUUAAUAGUUUACCUACAUAUGUAAAUAUUGCUGUGAUGGACUUUCACCAUGUACUCAGUUUAACGUUUAACAUUGGGAUAGUUCAGUUUGCACCUGACAGUGUAUACUGCUGCACUGCACUGGAUUUCUAAACCACCUUAAAGCAACUGAAAAACCAAAACACAAGCUGCAAUCUAAAGCAAUGCUAUCUAUGCUAAAUUAAUAAUUUCAAAACAAUGAAUAAAAAACCCAAUGUCAGAGACCUGAAAAUGAUGACCGUGUGUUUGGACAUUAACAGACUUUUCAUGUUUUUCCUGGACACUGUUAAUCAAUGAUUAUAUAAAGAUGAUAUAUAAAGUGUUCUGACAUCGGGGAAAACCUGUAGAAAAAACAUAGAAAGUGAAAAGAAUUUGCAUGAUCUGGCAGUUUUGGUUGGUGUGAAGUUGGUGCAAGUUGCUGCAGGUGCAAUUAUGCCUUUAUGAUACCUUAUACUAUGCUUUCAUGCUAUUUGCAUAGGUGUAAUUAUUUACCAUGUAAUAAAAAUAAUAAUG